AUGGAGAUACAUGGUAGAAGAGAACUAUGGAAUUUUCUAGAUGGAAUUUUGAAGCCUGAGGUUCCUUCUGUGGUAGGAGGCGACUUCAACUGCAUUCUUUCUCAAGAUGAGCAGAAAGGUGGGAAGAAGUUUUCCUUCUCACAUGGACUCUUUGAAAUGAAGGCUUUUAUGAAUAGGAAUGACCUACAUGAUGUGGGUAUUCUUGGUUCUAAGUUUAGAUGGUGUAACAAUAAGAGUGGAAGUGUUUGGAUCUUGGAAAGGUUGGAUAGGUGCAUGCUGAAUUCGAAAGCUUUGGAGCUGAUCAAUCAAGAAGCAGUGAGCUGCAGCCUCGGUGGUCAAGAAUUCUUGGGCAAAACCAGUGAGGGGAGUGAUAUGGAAGCUCUUAAUAAGAAACUGUCAAGGGUCCUUAAAGCCUUGUUUUUUUGGAGCAAGGCUAAACAUCAAAAACUGGAAGAAUUGAAGGAAAGUCUGAAGGUUGAGAUCGAAGAGCUGCAAUCCAAAGCCAAGGAAUUCAACUGCACUCUUGCACGGUUGAAUACAUGGUGGAGACAAAGGGCUAUAGUCAAGUGGAUGAAGGAAGGGGAUUCGAAUUCUACUUUCUUUUAUGCCUUUGCUAAUGGUAGAAGGAAUGGCAAUUCGAUCAAGCAAUUGAAGAAUGAUGAUGGAGAGUUGAUUGAAGAUCCUGUUAUUAUAAGGAGCAUCUUUUAUCAAUUUUUCUACAUUAAAUGGAAGCAUAGGGAAUACCAAUUGGAGAAUUGGCCUUCAAAUGGGAACAUCCUGAAGCAAGAAGACUGUGAAAUCUUGGAGGCUAUUUUUUCUGUGGAAGAGGUUGAAAAGGUGAUUGGAGAACUUGGCAAAAACAUUUCUCUUGGAGUGGAUGGAAUAACCUAUUCCUUUUUCAAAGCAUACUAG